ACACUGGAUAUUUUGGAAUUCACAAACUCCUGAACUGACCUAUAUAUUUUGCUCCUUCAUAGUCCUGUGACUGGUGGAUUAUUUUUUCUAUUUUUAACAUUCCAAGCAGAAUCAGAUCUUUUGGGGCUCUUCACAUAGGGCGCUGAAGAUCCAGCUAGGAUGAAGUUACUAUUCCUUCAUCUUCUGGUUAUCAGCAACAUCUUCUGUGUGGUCCUGUGUACUAAAAAGACUGCACACCAAGAAAGUCAAUACAUUGCGACCAACCGACGUGUAAAGAGAGAGUGGGUGUGGAAUCAGAUGACUGUUCCCGAAGAGCAAACAAAUAUUCCAUAUUUCAUAGGAGGGAUUAAAUCUAGUAAGAUUAACGGGAAUGUAUCAAAUGCAAUGUACAUGCUGGAGGGAGAGUUUGCUAACACACGCUUCAAAGUUAGAGAAAAUACAGGAGACAUCUAUGGCUAUGAGAGGCUGGAUCGCGAGGAGAAAGCACAGUAUAACUUGACAGCUCUGCUUGUAGAUAUAAAGACCAAGAAAACCUUAGAGCCUCCUGAGACAUUUUUGAUUAGACUCAUUGAUAUUAAUGACAAUGCACCAGCUUUUACACAAGAGUCGUACAAUGCAUCAGUCCCAGAGAUGUCUGCAACAGAUGUCUUGGUGACCAAGAUAACAGCAGUAGAUCCAGAUGAUCCCACAGUUGCUGGACAUGCCAUAGUAACAUACAAAAUCGUUCAAGGAUAUGAACACUUUAAAAUCAAUGAAAACACAGGUGAAAUUUAUACACUGAGUUCCUACCUAGACAGAGAGAAAAAAGCUAGUUAUGAAGUCAUUGUGCAAGCCAAGGAUUCUCCGGGACUUAAUGGAGGAUUUUCAAGCUCAGCUACAGUCACCAUCCAUUUGAAGGACAUUAAUGAUAACUUUCCAGCUUUCACAAAGAAACUAUACACAUUUAACGCCUCUGAGGAUCUGAGAGUUGGAGAAGUUGUUGGAAAGCUUUUGGUAGAUGAUAUAGAUGAACCACAGAACAGAAAUGCCAAGUACACUUUUAUGAAAGGAAAAUAUGAACAAUGGUUUCAGAUAAAAAGCAACCCACUAACCAAUGAAGGGAUAAUAAUCCUGAGAAAGCCUUUGAAUUAUGAGAGUAUUAAAGAAUACAGGAUGAGCAUUGAAGUCACCGAUCCUCUCAUUGACCUACGAGUGGCAAACCAGCAUAGGCCAAGUAGUACCACAGAAGUUGUGAUUAAUGUAUUAGAUGUGGAUGAGCCCCCUGAAUUCAGCAAACCCUUCUACCAGUUCCAGGUGAAAGAGGAUGUGAAAAAAAAUUACAUUGGUUAUGUAUCAGCUACAGACCCCGAUUUUGCCAAAAGAGUUGUCCGGUAUUCUACCAAAACUAGCAAAGAUGACCCUUUUGUGGUAAAAGAGGAAGAUGGUAGUAUUUAUGUUAAAAUGCUUGACAGAGAGACCAGUGCUUGGCACAAUAUUACUGUAACAGCUACAGAACUUGACUCUCCAAUUAAGAAAGCUUCAUCAGUAAACGUUUAUAUACAGGUGCUGGAUGUCAACGACAAUGCUCCCGAGUUUGCAGAGCCAUAUGCUCCAAGAGUGUGUGAGAAUACAGCCAAUGAUCUUGUCAUCUAUACAAUAUCUGCAACGGAUAAGGAUAUAAUGGUCCCAGGAAUGAAGUUUACAUAUUAUUCAGCAGAAAAAGAAAACAAUUUCACAGUGGUGGAUAAUAAAGAUAAUACAGCAAGCAUCAUAGUCAAGAAUGGAGCAUUUAAUCGUGAUGUGACUAAAUCCUACAACCUGCCAAUUGUGAUCUCUGACAAUGGAGUUCCAUCCCUGAGCAGCACCAAUACUCUGACCAUCACUAUCUGCAAGUGUAAUGAUGAAGGGGAAUUCAUAGAAUGCGGGGAAUAUGAAAGGCUUGCGGCAGCAUCAGCUUCAACCAUUAUUAUCAUCUUAUGCAGUCUUGCACUAAUCCUUCUGUGCGUGCUGGUAGCUUUUCUCAUACUGAGGAGAAUGCGCAAUAAUGGCCCCUUGAUGUUAGUCAAGAACCCUGCAGAAAUCCGUGAGCAGCUAGUGACCUACGAUGAGGAAGGAGGAGGAGAAAUGGACACCAAUGGAUAUGAUGUAUCCGUGCUUAAUUCUGUGCGUAGAAACAUGGUUAGAUCAAAGCCGGACAUGGAGGCUUAUCCCAGUAUGUAUGCCCAGGUCCAGAAAAAACCUGCCAGAAAUGGUGAUAUGUUCUCCAUGAUUGAAGCAAAGAAAGAUGAUGCCGACAAUGAUGGAGAAUGCCUUCCCUAUGACACUCUUCACAUAUUUGGCUAUGAAGGCUCAGAAUCGAAUGUGGAAUCUCUCAGUUCCCUGGAAUCUGGAUCAUCGGAUUCUGAAAUUGACUAUGAUGUAUUAAAUGAAUGGGGUCCCAGAUUUAAGAUGCUUGCUGACCUGUAUGGCUUAGAACACCUGGAAGAGUUUCCUUAUUAACACGAUUGCCAAGCAGACACUCAACAUAUUCAUCCAUACACUUAAAUCAACAGAACAUAUACACAAACUAUGGAUGGAAACCACCACUGAGGCCGAGAAUCAUUGGGUCAUCACAUGAAGCCUCCACUAAAUGAAGCAUUAAAGCCUACCUAUUGUUACAAAAACACAGUCAUUUCUUAGGCAGCUAUAGAUGUGUAUUAGACUACGUUUAAUCUGUAUUUUUGGAGUAUUUUCCUUCCUUCUGCAUCAUUUCUGUAAAUGUACUCUAUAACUGUGCUAAAUGGGCAAGCUCUGGAUGAAGAGCUAGAGAGAUGUGCUGUAAGCGUAGACCAAUCAGAUGUCUCCCCCACUUCUCCCCUUCUCAUAUUAUCUCAUACAGAUAUGAGUAGAUACUGCAGUUGCAUCCCCCUCCUCCUUGUCUAGUAUUUACUGUUUCAUGAUAAAUGAGGGGUAGGGGCUGAGGAUGCAUCUGAACAUUUACAGACAUCCUGCAGGCAGGAAAGAGUUACUGUAGGCUGCAGGGAGGUACCUGCUUUCCUUAAUAA